UGUAGUGUUCUGUGUUCCCUGUUCACAAUUCAGUUUUCGCAAACAUUAGGUAAAAAUCGCAAGUUAACAGUGCAAACAUAAUAUUAUCACAAAUACCUCGAAAUUUCUUUAUUUCGACUUGAAAGUUAAAUUGUAUUUUAUGUAGGUCCUUUAAUUUUGUCUUAUAAGAAUUAAAAUACGGUAACAGUGAAAAAAACAGGUUAUAAAAAUGGCUGAUAAUGCCGAAUUUGAACCACUAGAACCUUCCCUUCGAAAUGUAAUAGAACAAAAGUCACUAAGAUGGAUAUUUGUUGGAGGAAAAGGUGGUGUAGGUAAAACUACUUGCAGUUGUAGUCUUGCGAUCCAGUUAGCGAAGGUCCGGGAAACUGUUUUGAUAAUAUCUACGGACCCCGCACACAAUAUUUCUGAUGCUUUUGAUCAAAAGUUUUCCAAGGUCCCAACUAAAGUCAAAGGUUUUGAAAAUCUAUUUGCGAUGGAGAUAGAUCCUAAUGUUGGCUUAACAGAAUUGCCUGAAGAGUACUUUGAAGGGGAAACAGAAACUAUGAAAUUAGGUAAAGGUGUCAUGCAGGAAAUUGUUGGUGCAUUCCCUGGUAUUGAUGAAGCUAUGAGCUAUGCUGAGGUCAUGAAAUUAGUGAAAGGAAUGAACUUUAGUGCUGUGGUGUUUGAUACUGCACCCACUGGGCAUACACUGAGAUUACUGUCAUUCCCCCAAGUUGUUGAGAAAGGAUUGGGCAAGCUGAUGGGCUUCAAGUCAAGGGUGGCACCAUUUAUCAAUCAAAUAGCAUCACUGGUUGGGUUGGCUGACUUCAACUCUGACAUGUUCAGCAACAAAAUGGAUGAAAUGUUGUCAAUAAUACGACAAGUUAAUACACAGUUCACAGAUCCAAACCAAACAACAUUUGUAUGUGUCUGUAUUGCUGAAUUCCUGUCUCUUUAUGAAACAGAACGGCUAGUGCAAGAGCUUACUAGAUGUGGAAUAGACACUCACAAUAUAAUUGUUAAUCAAUUAUUGAUGAAAAAAUCUGCUCCUUGCGAGCUAUGUGCAGCCAGGCAUAAAGUGCAGGAAAAGUAUCUAGAACAAAUUGCAGAUUUAUAUGAAGAUUUCCAUGUCACAAAGUUGCCGCUGCUAGAUAAGGAAGUCCGUGGAGCAACGGCUGUACAAUCCUUCUCUGAAUAUCUUAUAAAGCCGUAUGGAUCCACAGAUUCAUAGAGUGUUGCAAAUUAUUAACAUAUUGGUGUGUUGAUGGUUAUUUAUGGAUGUGGUCCUCUGUAUCAGGUGUUUCUAGUUGGCGCCUGUAUUAAAUAAAUUAUAUUCAGCCGAAUCCUUUUAAGCCGACAAUUAGUCAAUGUUAUUAUCAUGUAAAUAUGCUUUGUAUGUCAAUAUGUAUUGUAUUUGUAUGUUGGUUUGUAUUGUAUGUUAAUCGCUAAUUAGACAUGGGACUGGUAAUGAUUUUGUCUAGCACUUGGCAGCUGCAGCGUUGAGAUGCUACAUGUGGUUUUUAAUUGACUGCCGGGGCAAAAUUACGCCUAAAAAAGUCGAGAGGUAGAAAGAGAAUUCUAUGAAAAAAUUAUAUUUGAUGCUUAACAUGCAAGUAAGUUUGGUAUAACAUAUAUAUUUUCUCAUUUCAAUUUUUAACUUUUGAAAUUAUAGCAUAGAUGUUCAUAUAAAACUGGACGCGUAAUUAGUGCUAAAACACGGUAUUUAAUGUUUUCUCCAAGCCUUGUGCCUGUGCUUGAAUUAGGUCUUUCCACAGAGAACGAAACAUCUCCCUUCUAUUCUGUUGUAUAGUCAAUUUGUUAUAGGUAUUAUGUGGACUAUAUUAAUAUUUAAUACUUGAAUAAGGACUAUAGGGUAUUUCUUCCUGAUAGAAACGACAAGGAUUUCACCAGAUGGUAUGUGAUACGCCAUGCCCACUACAUUCAAGUGCUGCUCAAAGUUUUAAAGCCGAAAAAUCUCGAACGAUAACGCAUACGACGUUAACGCCCAAUAGCCUAGUAAUUUUGCACAAAUGGCGACUUAUAAACCGUACAACACUACUUGGCGACAGUAAAUGACGUCACUUUGGUAAGAUCUACCCCGGAACCUUCAAAUUCGAGCCUCUCACCGGUUUUCUUUAAUUGCUAUUUGUCAUAUAUAAUUGUUCACUAUGCUACGUCUCAUGUCUAUAUAUUAUAUAUAUAUAUGUUUAUAAAAAUCAGAAGUAAAAUAAAAGCAUGUGUUUUUAUUAAAAUUUAUUUCAAUAAAAA